GUGGAGUAGCGAGAGAAGUGGAGGUUUGGCGGUGGACGAGGUGGACGAGGUGGACGAGACGAUGGCACGGGCGAGCGAAUAAAGGAGGAGGAGGCGAGGAGGAGGAGGAGAGGCAGCCUUGACGACGCGAGAAAGCCAUGGACAAGCCCGGGCAGAGGAGUACGCUGAAGAAGCUGAGCGAAGACAGCCUGACGAAGCAGCCCGAGGAAGUGUUCGACAUCCUCGAGAAGCUCGGAGAAGGCUCCUAUGGCAGCGUGUUCAAGGCGAUGCACAAGGAGUCGGGCCAGGUGGUGGCCAUCAAGCAGGUGCCCGUGGAGUCCGACCUGCAGGAGAUCAUCAAAGAGAUCUCCAUCAUGCAGCAGUGCGACAGCCCCCACGUGGUCAAGUACUACGGCAGCUACUUCAAGAACACCGACCUGUGGAUCGUGAUGGAGUACUGCGGAGCCGGCUCCGUCUCUGACAUCAUCCGCCUGCGCAACAAGACGCUGACGGAGGACGAGAUCUCCGCGAUUCUGAAGGCGACGCUCAAGGGCCUCGAGUACCUGCAUUUCAUGCGCAAGAUCCACCGCGACAUCAAGGCCGGCAACAUCCUGCUCAACACCGAGGGCCACGCCAAGCUCGCCGACUUCGGCGUGGCCGGGCAGCUCACGGACACGAUGGCGAAGCGGAACACGGUGAUUGGCACGCCGUUCUGGAUGGCGCCCGAAGUGAUCCAGGAGAUCGGCUACAACUGCCUGGCGGACGUGUGGUCGCUGGGCAUCACCGCCAUCGAGAUGGCCGAGGGCAAGCCGCCCUACGCCGACAUCCACCCCAUGCGGGCCAUCUUUAUGAUCCCCACCAACCCCCCGCCUACGUUCCGCAAGCCCGAGAACUGGUCUGAUGACUUGACGGACUUUGUCAGGAAGUGUCUCGUCAAGAACCCGGAGCACCGCGCAACAGCCACGCAGCUCCUGCAGCACCCCUUCAUCAAGGCCGCCAAGCCAGUGUCCAUCCUGCAGAGCUUGGUGGGGGAGGCCAUGGCCAUCAAGGUGAAGAGGCAGGAGAUGGACGACGACCUCGACGAGGAGGACGACAACUCCGACGAAGAGGCGGUGGACAGCCGCACGAUGCUGCGCAUGGAGGAUGGCAGCGAUGCCACGGCGGCGGCGGGCGGCGGCAGAACGAUGAGGGUGGGCGGCACGACGGCGCUGAGCGAUGGCGCCCGCACCAUGAUCAUCUCCCACGCCGGUGGCGACGCCGCUACCAUGCUGGGCUCCGACCUGGGCACCAUGGUCAUCAACAGCAGCGAGGACGGCGACGAGGAAGAGGAAGGCCGCGACGGAGACGACGACGACGGUGAUGGCGAGGUCGUCGACGGCACCAUGAAGAGCAUAGACACGCCGGACCACCGCACACAGCGCCCCUCCUUCAUGGAGUACUUCGAGGCGAAGGACCGGGAGAACAAAUCUGGGCCGGCCUCGGGGGGGGCGGCCAGCAACGGGCGCAAGGCCAGCGGGCCCCACGCUGACUUCCGCAUCCCAACGGACGGAGACUUCGACUUCCUGAAGGUGAUGAGCUACGAGGAGCUGCAGGCGCGGCUGUCGGCGCUCGACCCGAUGAUGGAGCGCGAGAUCGAGGAGCUGCGCCUCCGCUACCAGGCCAAACGGCAGCCCAUCCUGGACGCCAUCGAUGCCAAGAAGCGUCGCCAGCAGAACUUCUGAGCCCCCCCCCCCCGCGCCGAUCAGCCUCCCCCCUGCCCCUGCCCUCGUCCUUGGCGCCUUCAGGCGUAAUUGCCCGCCCACUCGCCCUGGAAGUCUCGCCGACGACAGACUCUCCUGCUGCAUCAUCGUUGGAGCACGACUCCCCUCUGACCCCUGGCCUCUGCCGCUCCCCCCCCCAUCCUCCUACCCCACCCCCCCGCCAUCUCUCCUCUCCGGACCCCGGCGCGGUGGCGGUGGCGGUGGCGGCCGUGCCAAUCUGCGUGCCGGCAUCCGGUGCCGGUGUUUCUCGAGUGGCCUUGGUGCAGCAAGCGGCGGUGGCGCAGCAGUCGGUCGGUCGAUUCGUGGGUGGGAGGAAGGAAAAAACGUUCCUGACCCACAUCCUUUGUGCCUCGAGAGGCCACAACGUCAUCAUCGUCAUCGUCGUCACCGUCGUCGUCACAAUCGUCACCAUCGUCACCAUCAUCGUCAUCGUCGGUCUUCCUGUGUUUGCUCUGUAUGUCUGUUUUCUUUAUUUAUUUAGUUUUGCUCGCCGUGUUUUUGUUUAUCUUUCAACCUCCACCCCCCUUUCCCCUCGGGGGUGUCCACCUGGCUCCGCUCGGCAGCUGCGCUCGCCGCCCCUCGCAGUAAACUUCGUUUUCAUUUUAUUCUACCUGACCACCAGGUGAGGCCCGCCGCUGAGCUUUCCGUGGCUCUCUUUAGGAAGCGAUGGCUCGACGAAAUUGGCCGAUAUCCUAAUCAUCAUACUCUCAAAACACACGCGUGAUGCGUCGAUUCUCGAUGCGGAGGAGAGGGACCAAUCGGAGGAGCCGGAGGAAAGAAUCCACGUGACCACGAUGGGGAGAGAGAGAUAGGCGAGCAAACUCCAAAUAUACAGCAGCAGCAGGCAUCUUCAGGGUCAGGAUCCAACCCACCACCUCCUGCGUACCAGGCGAGGGAGUUAACAUCUCCUGACCACCGUGCGCAGGAGGGGACGACGUUCCCGCAGGGGAUCGCUAGCGCCCGUGACCCUGAGCCAUCCGACUCCCCGAUGUGGGAGUUUGACCCCAGGCAAUGGAGGUAAUGAUUGUAAUGAGACUGACGAUGACGCCCGAUGGCGCAACGAGGCGGCAAAGGGGGUCCGGGUUCGAUUCCCAACUCGGGGCGGCGCUGUGUGUACUUGGAGUCUGUGUGUUGCUUCUCUUCCCCAUGCAUACCUGUCAACCCCUUAUCGGAGCCCUACCGUAUUACAGACCAACUCAGACCUUAUUGGUCACCCCGUGCCCCUUAUAAAUCUCAACGUUCAUCCUACAAAGUCCCAUCACAAGGAGAGAAACACAAAUAAAUCGACAUUAUUUUUAAUGUUGAAACGGCUGUAAUGCCAUAUGGACCCGAAAAAACUCAAUUUCCCUGUAGAAGAAUACGGGGUAAACCGUAUGGGCUGACAGCUAUACCCAUGUCGUGCAUGGGAUUUCCUCCGGGGUCUAAAACGGUGCGCAACGGUGUGACUGGUGUGGGGGUGCACACAUCCCAGUGGUGAAAGAUCACUCGUUCGCUCGCUUGGGAUCGCACGCGCACAGCAGCGACAUCACCGCCCCCUUCCACCUCUACAAAAUUACUUGGCAGGACCCCUCCCGGCAAAAGUCUUUGAGACUCGGCGACGCUUUCCCGGGUGUACGAAUCUUGUGGAGGAGAGGGGCCGAGCGGCAGUAACUGGCGGCACCCUGGGAACAAACCCCGCAACGUUCGAAUCAGAAUAUUCAGACUGGAGGAGGAAUCCGAUGAGCUAUAAAGCUUUUUCUCUGCUGUCCAGUAGAAGCACGGGGUCAGGACGUUACAGCAACGAGCGAUACAAUAGACACUGUGCAAUAAUCCCCCCCCCCCCCCCCCAGGGUUUACGUGGGGGUUGCGUUCCCUGCAAAGGUGCGACGAUGAACGUCUCCCGCCGCGCCUCGUGGUUCCGCCAGCGAGCGAGCGCCACCAUCAUGCCAGCCGUACCUCGCUUCUGCUGGCGCAGCGGCGGUGGUAGCCGCGUGGUCGCUAGUUCGCUCGCUCGCUGCUGGACGUGUGUCUGUGUGUAAAAGAGCUGCUUAGCCCAUCGGAUUCCUCCAGUCUACAAAUGAAGAUUCUGACGGAUAUCUCGCUCACUCGCUCGCCCGCCCCAGCCGGAGAUGAAGGGAGGGACGGAGGAUGGAGGCGGCUUUCCCCGCAAUGACGUCUCGACGUCGAUGGGUUGACGGUCGCUUACCAGCCGGCUGGGGGGGGAGGUCGGUCUGUGGUUGCUCACUCGCCGGUGGAGCAGCGAGUCGCUCGCUUGGUCCGUUGGGGUGGAAUGGUCGGGGGGUUUUGGGGGGGGGGGUCUUGCAUCGUGGAGCCGUGCGCUGGGCCGCUCGUGGUGGUAAUUUAACCACUCCGCGAUGUUAUUGUGAAUAUCCAUCGCGUGUAAUCUUUGUCGGGCUCCGCUUCCUCGUGGAGAAUCGCCCCACUGGGGGCUGGGUGGGAUGGCGGAGUCGCCGUCCCGUGGUCUUUCUUUGCUUUUUUGAAUUGGCGUCUGGCUCGUGACCACUUGGGGGGGGGGCGCUCCUCCGCCGUGAAUAAACCUCGCGGCAGGCGUGGGCGGCAAGGGCGGAGGAGCGGACGCCGCGCGGUGAAUGCGCAGUCUUCAUCGUCGCCACCAUUGCCACCGUUAAUUCAUCAGCAUCGUUAUUGUCAUUAAAAGUUUUCUUAAUUUUCAUCAUCAGUCACCGCACCAUCGUGUUCAUCAUUACUGUCAUCGCCGUCCUCAUUGUCAUCGUCGUCGUCAUUAUCUUGACUCGUAAUCGUCAUCGUCACUGUCUUCAUGACCGUCGUUGAUAUUGCUCGGUUAUCCUUCUCUGCUACUGCUUCCUGAUGGCAACGCGAUGAAUGAGCACCAUCUAUUUUGUUAUCUUCUACCAUUUGAAUAAAUAUUUUGUUUUCGUCAAA